GCUGCUUCCCCCAGGGCGCUAGAAACUGUUUCCAUGGCAAACGGAAUCAACUCGCCGGGAGAAGCGGAGACUGGGCCGUGGCGCGUGGAGGGGGGCGCGGCCCCGGCACACAGGAGGCCAGCCUUGUCUGCAGAAGGAUAUCAGGGUGGCCUGCAAGCUUGCAUUCCUGAUGGCAUUUGCACCUCCCAAAAACAUGGAUGGCCCCAAACUGCAAACCAAGAUGAGCACAUGGACACCUCUGAACCAUCAGCUUAUGAAUGACAAGGUAUUUGAAGAAAGAAGAUCCUUGCUUGGAAAAUGGUUUGACAAGUGGACAGAUGGUCAGAGGCGAAGGAUCCUGAUAGAUUUGUUAGAACGCUGCUCCCUGUCACAGCAGAAAUUCUGUUAUAAACAGUUGCAGGACCGAGUUCCAGUUGAAGCCCUGGAUUUCACCACAAAGCUUCCCAGAGUGUUGUCUUUAUACAUUUUUUCUUUCCUGGACCCCAGGAGUCUCUGUCGAUGCGCACAGGUGAGCUGGCACUGGAAAUAUUUGACAGAGCUGGAUCAGCUCUGGAUGCAUAAGUGCCUGCGUUUUGGCUGGUACAUCAACUUCUCUCCAACCCCCUUUGAGCAGGGAAUCUGGAAGAAACACUACAUUGAGAUGGUGAAGGAACUUCAUGUGACAAGGCCCAAGACCCCUCCAAAAGAUGAAUUUGUGGUCAUCGAUGUCCAGCCAAUAGCAAGAGACGUCCCCGAGACAAAACUAUCUCUUUCCUCGGUUCUCCGAUCAGCAUCCGUGCUAGGAAAGAGGACAGACGAGAAAAAAGAGCUCCCACCAUGGCGGUCCUCGGAUAAACAUCCCACUGACAUUGUCCGAUUCAAUUACCUAGACAACUACGAUCCAAUCGAGCAAGUGAGGCAGGCUAGAAAGAAAGGAGGAGGACUAACCCCAGACCUCAGCCAGCAAGCAUUUGAGAAAAAAAGGAAACCGAGCUGUGCAUCUUAUAAGCUCCGGAAAGCAAAAUCACUGCACUCUGCGGCUGAAUCACCAAGAACACAGGAGUGCAAAAACAAGCUGUCCCUAUCUGCAGAUCUUGGCUCUAGCCCAAAAGGACCAGUUCGCCCACGUUGGGCUACUCACCAAUCAACAGGGUAUCCUGUUACCAAAGCAACAGCUAAGAUCCUAGCUCAAAGUGCCCAGUGGAAUGCUGGGAUACGACCAGCCCCUGUUCGAGCUCCAGUACCAAAGCUGAGUGAAAGAGGGAAGAAGGCCUUUGCAAGGAUGAGCAGAAGUUCUCCAUCAUCCCCACUGUUUGAAGCUCAGCCCUGGCAAAUUCCUCCAUCGGACCAUGGAUCUGAUGCAGAGUAAGGGAGUGAUUAACCUCUGGCCUAAUUUGUUGGCCUGUGUUUAUUAAGAACAUCUAGUGCCCAUCUUUAAAAAAGGGAAGAAGGAGGAUCCGGGGAACUACAGGCCAGUCAGCCUCACCUCAGUCCCUGGAAAAAUCAUGGAGCAGCUCCUCAAGGAAUCAAUUCUGAAA